GUUCUCUACCGCUUUAUACGCACUCAUCCGCUAUUGAAUGUAAAUGUUUUGGGUCGCUGUUUUCUGAUAAAAUCUUAUUCUUAUCCAUUCUAUAUCAGAGUUUCUUAGGUAUAUUUUUGCAUUUUAAUAAACGCAUAAUAAUCUCAUUAUGGCUGGGCACGGGGUGAUGGCAGAUGAAGAAUCAUUGGAUUAUUCAGUGCAUGAAGCCUGGAAUGAGGCCACUAAUGUUUACCUGCUGGUUAUUUUGGUCAGUUUUGCCCUGCUUAUGUACGCCAGAAAAAACAAGAGGAAGAUUAUGCGUAUAUUUACACUGCCGCCAACAGCGGGCAGCUCUUCAGAGCCCAACUUCUACGACAGUCUGCAGAAAGUCCGGCUGAGACAACAGCUGGAAAUGUAUUCACUCUUACAUUUGUGUGAUGUUGUUCAAAAUUGUGUCCAUGUCUCAACAGCUCGUAAAUAUGAUCAGCAGCAGUCGCAGUCAGAUAGUGUGCAGCUGUCAAUGGAGUGAUCUGACCAGAGGAGGCGCUCUUCACCCACUAAUGCUGCAGAGGGGAAAAAAGGCUGUGCAGACUUGGAGCUCACAGAGACUUAUGAUCCAGAGAAGUGGAUUGCUGGAGAAUAAACAUACUGGGAGUAAAUUGUUGAAUGUUAUUUGUAUUUGAAGAGCCUUUCUUUUUCUUCUCAUCCUUCAUACCUCUCAAUCAUUCAAAAGGUGGUGUUUUAUGACCUUGCGAUCUGAUUAUCUGGGCAUCGGUGGACUAAACAGACUGCUCUCUGGUGUUUUUGUGAGAUUUUUUGUAUUAUAUCUCAAUGUUUGACAGACACAUUACUUGUACACAUCAUCUGUGUGUCAUGAUCACUGAUCUGCAUCCAAACAUUUUACCACUCCUCAAAAACAUUGAUACAAAAUGUUAUAUAAGGUUUUCGAAGUAAAGAUGUUGAACAUACUGUACACUGAUUGUGUUGUGCUUGCUAGGUACCUUUUCUCCAAUGUCUCAUAUUGCCCUCUAGUGCUAGAUUGCAUGCAUGUUAGUUGUUUUAGGAUGACCUACAGGCUGUAAAAUAUGAACCUGCUUAAAAUAAAGAUUUUCAUAGUAAAAACAUAUUACUG